GUGACAUCCACAUUCGCUGACCAAUCAAAACGCCAUUAUCUUGUUGGUACAUUGGUGAAGAAAAAAAAGAAGGAAGAGAAACACUCAAGUGUACACAACCUGCAGGAGAAGAAUAUCUCAAACCGUUCUACGGCACGUUUCCUCUUUGUUGGAACAAGUGUGACAACUUCCAAAAGUCCUGUGUGACAGACUUCCUUCAGAGAGCUGGAUACAACCUCCACAAAAGAUGGAGGACUCUCCUCACUUGUACAUCUCUGAAAUUGGCGACAAUGAAGAUAUGGAGGAAGGUGAGGAGGAGGAGGAGGAGGACGACGACGACGACGACGUUCAUCAAGGGGAAAAUGAUAUGCAGCCAGACAUGAUUACGUCGCUGUACCCUGAUCUUCAUGAACCUCCUAACGAGGAUACUGAGAGAGACUGGAACUCUUUUUCCUGCCAGCACUGUGAGAGACAUUUUACCAGCAAACAAGGCUUAGAAAGACACAUGCACGUUCAUGCUUUGGAGAAGAACAAGGCCCACGCAUGCAGCCAUCAGAACAACAUGUCUUUUGGUUCAAAUCUGAGUCAGUCGCAGCAGGAGAAGAUGAAACCUCUGGAAUCAGUCGGCUCAGUCAUGCAGCUUCAUACGUCAUCCUCCGCUGGCUCUAAUACUUACAUUCUGUCAGCCGGUGACCGCAGUGCUCAGCCAGACAAAUUGGGAGUAUUUGAGGGGCAUCAUGCUUGUAAGUACUGUGAAAAGAUAUUCACGACGCAUACCAACAAGCGACGACAUGAGCGCAGGAUCCACGAGCAGAACCGGCAAGUCACAAAAGUAGAAAAAACCCAGCUGGCCCAAGAGACGAAUCUUCAGAGGAUGCUCAGUGAACCUUCCCAACAGGAAACGGAGAUCGCUGACGAUACAUCACCUGCAGUUGUUCUGGAGAAUUACGUGGAAUGCGCAGAACAAUACAUGCUAGAUGUCUCAAGCAAUAUUUCAGAGAAUCUCAGCUUUUAUAUUGAUGGAAAGAUAGUGUCAACAAGUACGGUCAGUAGCUGUGAAGCGCCCAAAAUUUAUUCUGGUUCUUCGACUUUAGUUGGACUGGAUGCUCUGAUUUUAGACCGCGCCCAAAUCAGCCAGGUUUCAGAUUCAGUUGCAGGCAACGAGAUACCUGGGCAACCACAGGUCAAGAGAAGAACUGCAACACCACCUCUUUUACCACAAAUUAAGACUGAACUGGAGUCUGAGGUGGUUGUGUCUUCUUCGUCAUCCUCACUUGUAUCUUCUUUAAUAGAGAAUCUACUUCCUCCGAAUACCGAGUCCACAGGUGUGCAGAAGGAAAGAACUGUGUUUUUGUCUCCAAAGCUAAAGCAGCUCCUGGAGAAGCAGGAUGGCCUUAAACCUACACUUGCCCUCAUCGCAGAUGCCCAGAAGCCUUGUUCACCCAUCUCUCUUUCUGUCCGGGCUGCUGGAACAGGAAGGUUUAAAAGAAGGACUGGGUCUCCACCAAGCUCUCCACAGGAAAACCUGACAUCUAAAGACGAAACGGCAGAUAGUGGAGAUUGUGAUACUGUAAGUACAGGGCAGAUGGAGACCCCGCAUAGUUCACCUCUGCCCCAAACAGCCAAUGUGAAGGAUGACACAACUCCACAUGUGGAGGAGCCAGCAGUGAAACCUGUCUCGACAGAAAGCUGGCCCCCCACAGCUGGCGGCAAUUCCUGUAACCAGCAGCCACUGGAUCUCUCUAAUACAGUCAAACGAAAUGAAGAUUUAGCUUUUACUGAUGCAGUACUGGAUUUAAGCUUUCAAAAGAAGAUCCAAGGUAAAUCUGAACUGACAUUGGAUUUAGUUUCACAGGCAGUUUUGAAAGCGGCAAAAUCAAAUGCAUGCAUGGCGGAGACGGCCUUAAUAAAUAUUGGAGAGCAACAUGUAAGCCUAGGGAAUCCUGAGAUCCCUUUAGUCACAGACUUCACAAUACUUACAGGACCAGAUGGGAUGACCCCGAUGGAGCCCAUGGCAGAGGGACUUAUUUAUGGGCUUGCACUUCCUUCCAAUUCGUUGAUUGCAUCACCUGCAUCCCUUACCCCUGUUUCCUUGCAGCCAGCAGCUCCACCGUGCACUAUAGCAUUUGCUUCCCCAGCCUCACACACAGUGCUCCCUGCUGCUUCUUCAUUAAUAACAGUUUUGGCACCACCAAAUAUUUCCAACCCUCCAAGCCAACCAAUCCAGUUACUAGCCCCAAAUAUAUCUUCUGAUCCCCUGGUAAUCUGCACAGACAAUGCAUUACAUUUUUCCGAGUGCGAUUUAACUACUGCAUUUGCUCCCACAGAUUCUGCAAACCAUGUCACUCUUUCCCAAUCCCUUGAUCCGACUCUAAAUCUACCUGGUCACGUGUUUCUCUCUGAUCAAAUGGCUCUCAGUCACCCGAUAGUUGAGUCCAUUCCUAUGUCAGAAGUGCAAUUCACGCCCACUGUAACUUUAAAUGAUUCCCUUCUCAACUCUUACAACAUUACCAGCAACACAGUGUUGAUAGAGUGCACCAUAGCUCUUGAAGCCCGAGGGAGUCUCGUCCCUGCUGCAGUUACCUCACUGGAAAACGCUGCUGAGCCUCCAGCACCUACACAGAUGGUUGUUAAUCACAUAGAACAGAUUGUAUCAGUGCCCAACUCUCAAACUGUGGACCCCACUAUUCUUAUGUCCUCUAUUGCAGAAUCGCUAAGUCUAUCCACCUUAGUGAUAUCGGAUUGUCCUACUGUGGGGGAAUCAAGUCCUAACCCAGAGCCUGUUGUUAAUGCAGAGCCACCACUCAUCAAAGAGGAAGAAGCUGCUUACAGCACCGUUUCCAUACCGGAAAUGUCAUUUAAAACCUCACCACCUUCUGAGAAAACUGAAGAGGACGAAGUGUCAAACGACACACCAAGCGAUGCGCAACCGCAGACUUUCACCAAGAAUUUCGUCUGCAAUGUGUGCGACAGGCUUUUCCAUUCAAUGAAAGAACUGGGCCAUCAUGUCGGUGACCAUGCUGAUGAAUGGCCCUACAAAUGUGAGUUCUGCGUGCUGCUCUUUAGCAAACCCUCCGCGUUGCUCGAUCAUCGAUCGAGCCUCCACGGUGUCGGCAAGAGUUAUGUUUGCAGUGCAUGUACAAAAGAAUUUGUCUAUCUUUGUAAUCUGAAACAGCAUCAGGACGAAUUACAUCCUGGCCUGCAGUGUACCUACACCGAAGAAGAAAAGGGUAAACUAAGACCUCAGAACUACAAUAACUCAAUAAAAGUCAAAACGGAGCCAUCAGUGCCCGACGCUGCAGAGGAACCCAAGAAGCUGGUGAAAAAGGAAGUGGAUGUGGCUGCUGAAGAACUGUUUACAACAAUAAAAAUCAUGGCCUCCAAUGGAGCCAAAAUCAAGGGGCCCGAUGUUCGUCUUGGCAUUAACCAACACUAUCCCAGCUUUAAGCCCCCACCCUUUCCUUACCAUAACAGAUCACCUGCUGGCUCAGUGGCUUCAGCCACAAACUUCACCACCCACAACAUCCCACAAACCUUUACGACGGCUAUCCGAUGCACCAAGUGUGGCAAGAGCUUUGAUAACAUGCCAGAGUUGCACAAGCAUAUCCUGGCUUGUGCAAAUGCCAGUGAUAAAAGGAGGUACACGCCCAAGAGAAAUCCCAUCCCGCUGCGGCACUUUGCAAAAACUCAAAAUGGAGUUCUGUCAACCACUAAUACUACUAACGGACUAAAUGCUUCCAACAGACCCAGUCAGUCAAACCGGUCCAAACCGAGCCAAGAAUCGCCAGUAAAAGUGAAGUUCAAGGUACUGAACAAAAGGAAGAAAAAGUUGGUCCAAAGGGUGAUGCCGCAGAGGAACAAAUCUUCAUCAAAUAAAAUGUCCCCUGCACAUGUGGCAGCGCAGCAAGAGCUCUUUGUCUGCCCACACUGUAGCAGGGAGUUCACAAUGCGUCGCAGCAGAACCAAACACAUGGCGGUCUGCCCCAAGAAGCCGAAAGAGGUGAAGAAAAGGAAAGAAGGAGGAAUCUCCGUGACAAAGGAAAACGAUGGCCGCCUGCAUAGAAGGGUGGAAGAGAAACAACAAGCCUCACCUCAGCAUAAAACCAGACUGCAGAGUUCUGGGCCCGCUAAAAGGUACGCCAUCCUACCGGUGCAGACCGUCUUCUCAAACAAAAGAAGUAAAAUAAUUAUAAAGGAGAGCACGCAGCCAAAACAAGAGUCGCCCACACUGAAUGAACUCCCCAUUGUUCGCACUUUCAACCCCUCUAUGCGCCAGUAUAGCAGAGUGCAGCAUGGCGUCAAAGGAACCCCCAUUAAAAUCACCAUAGUGAAUCCCCAACAGGCGGCACCGCAGAAGGAUGAGCUGCCUCCCUCCCAGAGCCGAGAGCCGGCAAGCAGCUCUGAGAAGAGUCCUACCGCCUGAAGACUUCCCAGUGGCCCACCAGCGAUUGGCAGGACCCUGCUGUUUGGAGCUCCUCGUGCACUAUUGUGAAAGUGAUAAUGAUCACACUGCAGACCCCACGGACCCGGUUUGCAUCAUGCUGUACAACGGAUGACUAAGGAUACUGCAGCGUUCAGCUGAGUAUUUGAAUGCUUUUGUAGGAACUUGCCGUUUAAAAAAAACUAUUUAUCCAUUUCAUAAAAUAACAGCUUUGAUUUGCACUUUGAAGUUAUUCUGACCGCUACAUGUCACAAAUUGGAAAGGAAGUGGGAGGACUCGAGCUCGAAGGCUGCUCUCAUUUCCUACUUUGUGUUUUUCUUUAGAGCGAGAAUAGCAGGUGGCAAUCACUCAGCAUGCAUUUGCACUUUUUCUUGUCUGUCCUUUGGGUUUAAACUCUUACUGCAUGCUUGUUCUACAGCUACGUUAAUUGGGAUGGUUAUAUUGAUGCAAUUAGGCCCUAAACUCUGUUCUAACUAAAGCAACGAUUGCACGCACUAGAGCAAUCGCAGCAGGGGAAGGUCGUGACCCACGAGAACCACUGCUCUAUAAUACUGUGCAACUCUGGCUACAAGCUACUUGUCAACAUUCUUGUGAAGGAUAUCAUCACUCUUGAUUACUCUUGGAAAGGUCUGUGUUUUCAUAACUGGUGUGAAUGUUACAUUGGUAGAUUUAAUGCGUCAGCUUUUGCAAAUCAAAUUUGUAUAUAAUCUGGUGGUCCCAGUUGCGAUGUAUUUGUAUGAAUGUUUUGAGAAUACUUCUCUAAAUGUGCCAUCAAAUGUAUAUAGUAUUACAAAAUGUGGCAUAAAGAGGAUAACCAUUUUCUUUUUGGAGUUUAUAGGCCACCACAAAUACAUGUUAAACUCUUGGGAAACAGUUUAGUGUAUUGGCACUGCAAUUGCAAACAUACGUACUAUGUUAUCUGAACAGCUGGGAUGCAUCAUGGACCCUUUUACAAUGCUAAGAGUUUAAUUCUGAACAGCACUGGAAGAGCCGACUCGUGCUCGGCCUCACUGCAUGUCCUCUGAAAUAUUUAUAGUAGUGCAGUUUGCGUUCAGGCUUUUAUUUUGCACCCGUUUCACGAAACUGUCAGAAAUAUAAUUUUGGGUGUUUUCUUUCCCUUUUUAUAACAACUAAUAAAGCGUCAUAAUAGAAAUACAGUCUGUUUGGGUCUGUCAUCCGUAGCGUACAAUAAUUUCGUCAUUGCUUCUAAUCUGUUGGCAACAGUUUUUAUUGUGUGAAGUGUGUGUGUAUAAUAAAUUCCACAUGUACUGUGUAAAUCACAAAAUGGAAAUGUGAUGCUGGAAGCCUGCGAUGACGCAUGGGAGCGUUUGUGGCAAGUUGUCACUAAUCUCAAAGUGUGAGUGUAAUAAAUUGUAUCUGUUUGAUUAACAUUUUUAUAAGCUACUAGUUUGAAGAGCUAGUGCUAUAUACAGGGUACUUAUUUCAUUAUGAUUAUCAUUAUGUUAAUUUUGGCAAACAAAAAAACUUGGCAAUGGCCUGUGUUUGAUAGAAUCAAUAAUGGUAUACCUCUAUUUUACAUUUAGCCUAUUCAACCCUCACUGGUAAGAUCUGCUUCAGACGAUGAGACUGCAAUGUGUUGGAUGUACACGGUGGUUUGGGAGACUGUUAUUUAACUGUGAAAAGUGCUUGUAGCAUUUCAAAGUGUAAAUUGAGUCAUGUAUAUUUAUUAAUUUAAAAUCAUGUAAUCAAUAUCUGAACGGUUCUUCUGUAUGAUUUGCACUAAAGUUAUUCAAAGCGAGUGUUCAAAAUAAAUGGAGAAUGUUAAGAUUA